AAAAUGCCCGGGUACUGUUUGCUUGCUAAAUCAAGAGGGUGACGUCACUUGUUUACAAAGACCAGGUGUUGACCUUUGGAAAAUACACAGUGUGUACAUAUCUUGGUUCGACGUACUGCAGUUUGCAACUAUGGCGAGAAUCAUUCAAGUUUUCCUUCUUUUCGGCUCACUUUCGGUAAUCUUCGGCAUCUGUCGGGCUGAUCUCGUCAAGGUGACGACCUCUGGGCUCAUACGAGGGUUUAUGAACACUCACAACGGCGUGGAUGUCGAGACGUACCUGGGUGUACCAUACGCCACGCCCCCUACAGGCCCCUUGCGACUCCGUAACCCGGUACCCCACCCGGAGUGGGACGGAAUCCGGAAUGCUACGGCAAAUGGCCCAGACUGUCCGGACGCACGGCAUUCCGUUUGGGACGAGGACUGCCUCUACGCGAACGUCUACGUUCCCCGGAAAACUCCGGACGACAUCUUGCCCGUCUUGGUGUACAUACACGGGGGAGGGUUUCAACACAAGGCCACUACUGCCGACCCUACGGCCUUCGCUGCAACUGGUAACGUCAUAGUCGUCGCUAUAAACUAUCGUACCAACGUUUUCGGGUUCUUCAGCACCGGUGACUAUGUCGCUCCGGGAAAUUUCGGACUCAUGGACCAGCGUGCAGCGAUUGUGUGGACGAAAGAAAACAUCGCGGCUUUCGGUGGCAACCCGCAUGCCAUUACCAUCUACGGGCGAUCUGCUGGAGGCGAGUCGGUGGGAUUCCAGCAGUUAUCCCCGAUGAACAACGGGCUGUAUCUACGGGCUAUCUCCGGUAGCGCCGUGGCUAUAACGCCAGGGAUCCUCACCAAACGCCCGCAGGAAACCUCGACGUAUCUGGUCGAGCUUCUGAAUUGUACAGCGGAUAACAAACUUGAUGAGGUGGAAUGCCUCCGCCAUAUUAGCGCCCAGGACCUUCUAACUUACGCUCUUCAAACCCCGCCAGCGUCGGACUCCAUCUACACAUGGCUACCUGUUGUUGACGGUACCUUUCUUACGGACACUCCGGAGAAACUCCUCCGCUCCGGAGCACUGGAGAACAGGGACUACCUCAUGGGUAACGUCAACAGCGAGGGCUCCGUGGCGGGAGCUGCAACAUAUCGAGCCGUUACAUCAGUUGAGGCCUUCGUUUCCACUGCUAGAGCUAAACUCUUUACAACAUUUUCGAACAAUUUCGAAAAUGUUGUUCAGGCUACCAAGUACAGGUAUUGUUAUGACAUUGCUAACAACGUCAGCCCGAAUUUACCAGCUAGGUAUGUAGAUUUCUACGGAGAGUGGCGUUUUGUAGCAUCAACUGUUCUUACGGCAGACAUCUAUGCCGAACUUGGACACAACACGUAUUUCUUCUACUUCACGCGGCGGCCAUCUUACUCCACAAGGGACGAUUUCAUUGGCUGCGCACACGGAGAAGAGAAGUUCUUCCUCUUCGGCCUGACCAGAGUCGUCACUGAUGACGAAAUGGAACUGAGCACAAAUAUGAUGACGUACUUCGCAAACUUCGUACGAUCAGGGGACCCGAACCAUCCCGAUCCGGUGCCCGUCGAGUGGCCGCGCUACAACACCAGCGAUCGGCCGUACCUCGAGCUUGACGUCAACAUGACGUCACAAAACGUCAAGACGAACCUCCUACCAUCACAGAUGUUCUUCUGGAACGAAGUCAUCCCGUCAAUCAACUCAGCAGGCAGCCCGCCGGAUGUGGAGGAAGAUUCGACUACAUCGGCUCCUCUCCCGGACAUGACGUCAUCUCCAGAAGAAGCCGAAGAUGGACAGUCGGGCACGAAUGUUGCCGAGUUGCUCCGAAGCACACAGAUCGUGAUGUACGCCAUGUUGGGAGUGUCGAUUGCUCUGCUGUUGCUGCUUAUUAUCUUAGCGUUUGUUUACCAACAGGGUCUAGGGAAGUGCAUUUUCAGCACAUGUCAUCAUCGGUUAUAA